GUUUCUGCAGGAGGCCACAGGAGACCAAAGGAAAUCAGGAAGGCUGAAUUGUGCUCAGCUGUAUAAAAUUGAAGGCCAAACUUAAGAGAAGUGGUUGAGGCUGUUUUGCCCCAGGAGAAACUUACAAAGGAAGCUCUCCCUGCCACGCCCAUUUGAUGGCAUACCUGGGGGUGAUACCAGGUCCUGUUUCCUGAUGUCCCAGCAGAAUAAAGAAUGACAAAGAGUGCUGACAUCUGCCAUAGCCUGGAUCUUGCUGCACCUAGGAGGGAGAAGUAGACCCCAAAAGACCACUACCGGGAGUCGAGUCCAUUGCAGAACACAUGAGGAUCUUUUUAUUACAAGCUGCAUCUUGGGCUCACACUCACUGCUGAAGCCCCAUGCUCAGCCUCACAGUGGCAGGAAGAUCAUGACUGACUAGAGAAACUUGUUCCAGUGAAAGCAAAAGUCUGAAUUACCAUUGUCACCUGAUUCUGGAAAUGACUUUCUCCUUGAAUUUUUCUUGGCUCUGGUGGAAAUGGCCAACCCAAAAUGCCUUCCCCGAGUCCCCUUCAGAAACCACACCCCUGCUUUCUCCAGAGAUAGAGAGGCAGAGCUACAACCCAACGGAGCAGCGGGUAGUGUACCCCAACAACAGCAUGUGUCACCAAGACUGGAAGAAGGUCUCCAGAAGGUACCCAGGCAACAGCAUCUGUACAACCAAGUACACCCUCCUCACCUUCCUGCCCCAGAAUCUCUUCGAGCAGUUUCAUAGGUGGGCCAACCUCUACUUUCUGUUCCUGGUAAUUCUGAACUGGAUGCCCUCCAUGGAAGUCUUCCACAGAGAGAUUACCAUGUUACCAUUGGCCAUUGUCCUGUUUAUCAUCAUGGUCAAAGAUGGCACGGAAGACUUCAAGAGAUACCGCUUUGAUAGAGAGAUGAACAGCGCCACCAUCCACAUAUAUGAAAGAAAAGAGCAAAGCUACAUGCAGAAGCGCUGGCAGGAUGUGCGUGUGGGAGACUUUGUCCAGAUGCGGUGCAAUGAGAUCGUCCCAGCCGACAUCCUCCUCCUCUUCUCCUCAGACCCCAGUGGGGUCUGCCACCUGGAAACUGCCAACUUGGAUGGGGAGACCAACCUCAAACAAAGGCGUGUUGUGAAGGGCUUCUCACAGCAGGAGGCGCAGUUCCAACCGGAGCAUUUCCACAGUACCAUUGUGUGUGAGAAGCCCAACAACCACCUCAGCAAGUUUAAGGGUUAUAUGGAGCAUCCUGACCAGACCAGGACUGGCUUUGGCAGCGAGAGUCUUCUGCUCCGAGGUUGUACCAUCCGAAACACUGAGGUGGCAGCUGGCAUUGUCAUCUACGCAGGCCAUGAGACAAAAGCCAUGCUGAACAACAAUGGCCCCCGCUACAAACGCAGCAAAAUUGAGCGGCGCAUCAACACAGACAUAUUCUUCUGCAUCGGCCUUCUCUUCCUCAUGUGCCUCAUUGGAGCUAUAGGUCACAGCCUCUGGAAUGGUACCUUUAAAGAGCAUCCUCCCUUUGAUGUGCCAGAUGCUGAUGGGAACUUUCUUUCUAUUGCCCUUGGAGGAUUCUAUAUGUUCCUCACAAUGAUCAUUCUGUUCCAGGUGUUGAUCCCGAUCUCCUUGUACGUGUCCAUUGAGCUGGUAAAGCUUGGGCAAGUCUUCCUCCUUCAUAAUGACCUUGACUUAUAUGAUGAAGACACUGAUUUGUCCAUUCAGUGUCGAGCCCUCAACAUUACAGAGGACCUGGGCCAAAUCCAGUACAUCUUCUCUGACAAGACGGGGACCCUGACAGAAAACAAGAUGGUGUUCCGGCGUUGUACCAUUGUGGGCAGCGAAUAUUGUCACCAAGAAAAUGCCAAACGACUGGAGAUGUCAAAGGAGCUGGACUCGGAUGGUGAGGAGUGGACGCAAUACCAAUGUCUGUCCUUCCCACCUAGAUGGACCCAGGGAACAGCAACGAUGAGAAGCCAAGGAGGUGCCCAGCCUCUGAGGAGGUGCCAGAGUGCCCGGGUCCCUAUCCAGAGCCACUCCCGACAAAGGUCUGUGGGACGCUGGGAAACCUCACAGCCUCCUGUGGCCUUCAGCAGCUCAAUAGAGAAAGAUGUGACUCCUGAUAAGAACCUCCUGAGCAAGGUGAGAGAUGCUGCCCUUUGGCUCGAGACCUCAGAUACCAGACCUGCCAGGCCUUCUCAUUCCACCACUGCCUCCAUUGCUGACUUCUUCCUUGCCCUAACCAUCUGUAACUCUGUCAUGGUGUCCACAACCACUGAGCCCAGAAAGAGGGUUACCACUCCGCCCUCCAACAAGGCUCUGGGGACAUCCUUGGAGAAGAUUCAGCAGCUCUUCCAGAGGCUGAAGCUUUUGAGCCUCAGCCAGUCAUUCUCAUCCACUGCCCCCUCCGACACAGAUCUAGGGGAGAGUCUGGGACCUAGCAUGCCUACUGCAGACUCGGAUGAGAAAGAUGAUGCAUCUGUGUGUAGCGGAGACUGUUCCACUGACGGUGGCUACAGGAGCAGCACGUGGGAGCAGGGUGACAUCCUGGGGUCUGGCUCAGAGGCUUCUCUAGAGGAAGGCCUGGAGGCCCCAGCUCUCAGCCUAGAUGGACCUGAGCUGUGCUACGAGGCUGAGAGCCCCGAUGAGGCAGCUCUGGUGCAUGCUGCCCGUGCCUACAGUUUCACUCUAGUGUCUAGGACGCCCGAGCAGGUGACUGUGCGUCUGCCACAGGGCGUCUGCCUCACCUUUGACCUCCUUUUCACACUGGGCUUUGACUCUGUCCGGAAGAGAAUGUCAGUGGUGGUGAGGCACCCUCUGACAGGUGAGAUCAUCGUCUACACCAAGGGUGCUGACUCAGUUAUCAUGGACCUGCUAGAAGAUCCAUCCUGUGCAGGUGACAUUGAUGUGGAAAAGAAGCUGAAAAGAAUCCGAGCCCGGACCCAAAAACAUCUGGACUUGUAUGCAAGAGAUGGCCUUCGAACCUUGUGCAUCGCUAAGAAGGUUGUAGAUGAAGAGGACUUCCAGAAGUGGGCCAGUUUCCGGCGUGAAGCUGAGGCAUCCCUUGACAACCGAGAGGAGCUUCUGAUGGAGACAGCCCAGCACCUGGAGAAUCAUCUCACCUUACUCGGAGCCACUGGGAUUGAAGAUAGGCUCCAAGAAGGAGUUCCAGACACCAUCGCCGCACUGCGAGAGGCUGGAAUCCAGCUCUGGGUUUUGACAGGAGAUAAACAGGAGACGGCAGUCAACAUUGCAUAUUCCUGCAAACUGCUGGAUCAGACUGACACUGUGUACUCCAUUAACACAGAGAAUCAGGAAACCUGCGAGUCCAUCCUCAAUUGUGCAUUGGAAGACGCCAAGAGGUUUCAUGAACCACGACAGCCAACCCGAAAGCUCUGCGGGCACCGCAUGCCACCUCAGAUGCCACCUAUUCCCUCAGGGGCUACGGCUCAUGAAGUUGGACUAGUCAUUGAUGGGAAGACAUUGAAUGCCAUUUUCCAGGGAAAACUGGAAAAUAAGUUCCUGGAGUUGACCCAGUACUGUCGCUCUGUGCUGUGUUGUCGCUCUACCCCACUCCAGAAGAGUAUGAUUGUCAAGCUGGUGCGAGACAAGUUGAACAUCAUGACUCUCUCCAUAGGUGAUGGAGCCAAUGAUGUAAGCAUGAUUCAAGCUGCUGACGUUGGCAUUGGAAUAUCUGGGCAGGAAGGCAUGCAGGCUGUCAUGUCCAGCGACUUUGCCAUUGCCCGCUUCAGCCACCUCAAGAAGCUGCUCCUUGUGCACGGGCAUUGGUGUUACUCACGGCUGGCCAGGAUGGUUGUGUAUUACUUCUACAAGAAUGUGUGCUAUGUCAACCUGCUAUUCUGGUACCAGUUCUUCUGUGGUUUCUCCGGCUCCACCAUGAUCGAUUAUUGGCAGAUGAUAUUCUUCAAUCUCUUCUUCACGUCCUUGCCUCCCAUCAUCUUUGGAAUUCUCGAUAAAGAUGUCUCUGCAGAAACACUCCUGGCAUUGCCUGAAUUAUACAAGAGUGGCCAGAACUCUGAGUGCUACAACCUACCUAUGUUCUGGAUGUCCAUGGCUGAUGCAUUCUACCAGAGUCUCGUCUGUUUCUUUAUUCCUUACCUGACUUAUAGAGGUUCUGAUAUAGAUGUCUUUACUUUUGGAAUGCCAAUCAACACCAUCUCCCUCACCACCAUCCUCUUGCACCAGGCAAUGGAAAUGAAGACAUGGACUGUCCUCCAUGGCCUUGUCCUCCUCGGCAGCUUCUUGAUGUACUUCGUGGUUUCCCUCAUAUACAACGCCACCUGUGUCACCUGUAACAGCCCCACCAACCCCUACUGGGUGAUGGAAAGGCAGCUCUCAGAUCCCACAUUCUACCUCAUCUGCCUCCUCACACCAGUUGUGGCUCUUCUACCAAGUUGGGGAGUCUUGUGCCUCUGUGCCUGCAGGUAAGGCAGCAGUCCCAGCAAGCCCCACACAGUGCACAUAGAAAGAACUUCCUGUCACCACAGAAAAGUUCUGUGAAGCAGAACUUCAGAUUCCUCUCAGAAAUUUUUAAUAUCACUUAAGUUUAAAACACAUGUGUAGCAUUUUUUAAAAAGCUCUGUUAUCCAGAUAAAUCAUUCAUGCCCACGUGCUAUUUUCUGACGCUUCCAACCUAAAAGCUUCAGCUUUCAUGUUUUCAAAGAAAAUACCGUCAGUAAUAGUGCUUCUCUGUGCUACUCCUCUCAUGUUUGAUAUACACUGUGUAACCUCAAAGCUUCUUCCUUCUAUCAGCCAACUGUUAGGCAAAGGUUCUAGUCCUUGAAACCGCUGAAUGCCCAAGAAAGUAUCCAGAUGGUCCCAUAUUUCCAAUACAAACCACAGUGGGAGCAAUGUUCUCCUAAUGCAAAAGCCAGGGUUCUACUCUCCAGCCCCCACGCUCCAGUCAGAAAAAUGGGUACAGUUCAUAACAAAAUUUUUUUAGGUCAAAUUUAGACUUUCUCUUGCCUCGUGAUCUCAUCAUCUUGCACAUCAGAACUGAGGCAGCUAUCACUGCAAGUUAAUACAUCGGCGCUGGCAACAGUGUGCAGAACUGUUUCUGCCCUGCAGUAGGUGGAGGGCCGUUAGCAACCUUGCUUCAUCCACCUUUGUCACCUUCCUAAGACAUCUCAGGACCAUGACUUCUGGUAGAGUUGGAAAGUGAAAAUACUACACUGGCAAAUAGUAUAGAGGUUAGCAAAUGUCACAGACCUGAGUUCUGAAUGGGGCCUCCCACCUUGACUCCUACAGCUUUACAGCUCAUCUCCGCACAACCUGCUUCAAAUUCGGGGAUCGUUAAUGUGCUUAGACACUCUAAUGGCCCCAUACCCUCUCACUUAUAGGUUGCUUCUUCCUCCACCAAAGCUCUUUACCCUUUGAACUCAUGACAGCACAACCAUUUUCAGAAGUUCUAUGGUGGCCCCUACCUUCCUUGGAGUGUAGGAAAUAUCUGCUAUUCCCACCAAUUGUGUGAAUAUCUGUUACUGGCAAUUUUCCCAUCAUUCAAAUUAUGUUCAUCUCUUCUGAAGGCAGGAUGAGAAGACCUCUUUGUCUUUAUUCAGCCAUCAUGUAGCAGUUGUUGUCACGUGAUCUGUGCUCUGAAAUGAAUGAGCAGUGGAUACUAGACAAUCAGAAAGAUGAAUAGAACAGGAUUCUUGCUUCUCACAAGUUGUCAUGCAGCAGCUGCACUGUACAUAAGUCUGUCAUACAGGUUUGAAAGUGCCUGAUCUCUACAGGCUCCUCAGAGUGUAGAAUAAGCAAAAAUUAAGAAAAAGUACAGGCCUCAAGAAUUCAGUUCCCACCCACCCCUUCUUCCAUGCAACCCUGGGGUCAAAAAGCCUGAGAAGGUCUGGAAGGAUCACAUCCUUGUUGGGAAAAUUCCAUCAGAGAUGUAAGGGUUUGGGGUGGGGGCUGCGGGGAUGUUGUUUUUUAUGCGUAUGUGCAACCUGUACCUGUGAAAGCCAGAAGAGGGAUGUCAGAUGCCUGAAGAUAGAGUUACAGAUGGUUGUGGGCCAGCUGGUAUGGAUGCUAGGAACUAAAUUCGGGUCCUCUAGAAAAGUAUAGAGCACUCUUUAACGACCGAGCUUCCUCUCCAGCCCCAUAAUUAGAUUUUUUGUUGUUGUUGUUCCUCUGAUUUUGAGGUUAAGCCAGAGCUUAACACAGCCAGAGAGCUUCUCUAUUCCACAUCCCUUUUGGAAACUAGAAAGAAAUUCAUAAGUCCAGUGUUUUUUCAUUGAAAAAUGACUGGAGCCAGAGUCUUACAGAGUUACAGCAGCAGCUUAAGAAAGGCCUUUGAAACAUGUGCGAGAACUGUUGACACACAUGGAAGGAACAGAUGGGCAUUAGCUUGAUGGCGUGCUGAACAGAUGAGUUUGGGAAGCAUUAGCAAAUAUGUACUUGCUAGUGACCAUGGUAUACGGGCCAAAUCUUUGCUUAUUCUAUGUUAUCAGCACAAAGUUGAAUUCUCAUUUAAUUCUAUUUACUAAGGUCAAAGGGAUUUCUUCUGGUAAUGGAGGGAUUAUUCUAAUAGUUGUAAAGAUUCCUGACUUACAACCUUGGCAUAAUUAUUGUUUAUUUAUAGAAAUCCACAUGAUAGAAUGUUUGCCGUAGAAAACUUUUCCUGGCUUCAAGUUAAAGUCACAUUGCUCAUAAUACGAAUUGAUCUUACUCCCCAAUCUUGUGAUAGGUAGGACCACUAAUCUUAGUCUAGUUAAGUUACUCAAGUCAAAAGGACAUUACAAAUUCCCUUCAACUAGAGCAGAGAUCUAUGAAAAACUAUCUUACAGAUUUAAAAACAGAACAAUACACCAAGCUUAAGGCCCAGAGCAACCUCUAAAUCUUUUUCCCUAGUUGUAGUGAAUAGUAACAGUGUUUGGGCCUCUUCCCUUGACUUCUAUGACAUAGGCUUAGACUCUUCCCUCUUCUCUUUCUUUCCUUUGCCACUCACAGGCUGGAUAACAGAGUAAGUGGCAAGUCUUCAUCCCAGGUUCUCUGCUCUCCUAAUUUUAUAUUUUUUUCUCCAUGGACACAGGAAUCACUGUUCUGAAUUGAAAAUCUUUUUGAACAGAUGCUUCCCACCACAGGCCCCUCCUUGAUUCCAGCUGCAUUUCUCUAGCUCAUUCCUCAACUGCACUGUGCAUAUUUAGUCUACAGAAAACAGAGAGCACCCAUAACGUUGUUUAUGAUUCACCAUCCAAACCUUUAGAGUUCCCUUCAGCUAGUGCCAGGGCCCAGAUCACCCACUGGCCAUUAUCCUUGCUAUCCCCUGGGGCUGUGUAUCUAUAUGCACAGAAGCAAGUCACCACCUCUGCCUGUGGUAUCUUUCUGCAAUUUCCGUUUCUACAGAUGACAUCAUAAACAGGCCACUUACCUCACACCCCAAAUUAUACAAUUUGUCUCCUACUAGGGCUUUUCCCACUAUCAGUUACUAACUCAUCAAAGUCUGAUCUGACAUGCAUUUGUCAGUCACCAAAAAAAAAAAAAAAAAAAAAAUCUUCCCUGGGCCUCUAUAAUAAAAUGCAAAACCAAAACCAUGGUCCACAGUCCCUGUCUACUCUGGUCCUUCCAUCCCCAUCUAGGAUCUAUCUGUCACUGUCACUUCAGCCUGAGUUUUGUGGCUCACCCAGGUACCUGAAUGUGCAAAACCUCAAUCCUCAGCCCAAGUGCCUCUUCAAGGAUGGUCUUCAGAUGAGACCAACCUUCUUUCUGUCUAUCAGCAACCAUGCUCUCCUGCAGUAGGAGAGUAGAAGUUCUCUCUUGUUGAAAGCUUAAUCCUGUAAGACAUGACUAGUGUGGGGAAACUGGCACAGUUUGUUGACUGAAGGAUGGAGGAGAAAGGUGGCAUCCUGGAGGAGAGAUUUAGACUACGGAAAUUUCAGUUCCCAGGCAAGGAGUCCACUCUUUCCUGAAGCAUAUACAUGGCCCUAUUCACUCACUGGUGAGGUUAAAAUAAGGCAAAAUUUAUCUGAGCUGGAAGAAUCUACUAGUCUUCAAAAAACCCUUGGCCGCUGUGGGUUCAUUAUGCAACUUUCAAAUACAAUAGAAUUAGAGAUAUUCUCUUAAGAGGCUUUAAAAUUAGCAUUGUAAAUGUCCUCUAGGCCAGGUGAACUGCUCUUUAGAUAACACUCAGAAAGGAGAAUGUGGGUGGCCUGUGAUAACAGAUAACCGUAUACUUAACCUUCUCACCCUUCUACCUGGCUAAAUUUGGAUCCAGAAGAUGAAUUUAGAGUUUCCUGAAGGCUGUACGCAGCUUGGCAGGAAGAAGGCCAGGCAAAGUGAGUUACAGAUCUCAGGCCUUUUCAGGAGACCUCAGAGAUCUUGCCUCAGUACCUAGGGGUGUCAGUUCCUUUGGGUAAAGACUCAUUAUAUAAAGUUCCAAAAAAAAAAAAAAUCCUGACAUUUGCACAGUACAUUAGAGACUAGAUCUAGCAGAUCUAUGUAGACCUAGAGCACUUGGAUCUAACCAUAGCUUGACAUUGGACAAACCCCUGAAUUAGUUUCCACCUCUGUACACAAAAGGAAACAAAAGUAUAGUUAUGAAGUAUAUACCUAUACUAUACUAUAAAAGUAGAGUGUGUUCCUCAGACAUGCUAAGAAAUGAGAAACACAGCAUCAGAUAAUUCCAUUAGAGUACAAGCAUCACAAAAUACACUCACAUUAACUAAGGCGGCAAUGUCCUCAGGUGAUCGAAGCAUGUGUGCCUAUCACUGGUCAAAGACAACCUCAUGGCCCUUGACUGUACCAGGCACAUGGAUUUCUUUUUGAAAGAAUGACUCAGUAAUCAGCAAAGCUCUUCAAACGUCCUAAUAGAGAAUGAGCCUUAACUGUUAUAUUUUGAUGAUGUUAUCACGCUUCCUCCCCACCACCAGAGGCAGCCACACGUAGCUUUGAGGAAGAUCACAGAAAGUCCAAUAAAGAUGAUCUCUGAAAAGUUAGGUUCCGGGAUUCCAUUCAGUGCUGAAAUUUUAAGAAGUCAACAACUGUUAAGAAAAGUAUCUGCUCAGGACCCCCAAGACCAAGUUCUUUGUACAAAGGAGAUUUAUUUACCUCAGAGGGACAGAGGGACAGAAAUAGGAGACAAAGACAGGAGAGAGAAGACAAGGGAGGAGGGGAAGGGAACAGGGAAAGGUUGUUUGUCCCAUGUUGGGAUGAGGUGUUUAAUUUUAAUUGGGCAUGUUAAUUAGGUGAGCCAAAGGAGGCUUUUGAUUGCUGGAUUUGAAUACUUUGAUAGCAGGGCCUUGGUAAUCAGGGAGGAGGAAGUGGCCAAAUAAGGGAAUAGACCUUGGUGGCUAGCUUUAGGAAUGUAAUCUAAUGGUUUUUAAUGAAGGCCAGCCAGAGCCAGGCUUGCCACACUCAAGCUCACCCGAAUCCCUUCAACAACAAUCCAAAAACUGUUUUGUUUUGUUUUGUGUUUUUU